AUGGGAAAGCCACAACGCUCCCCUGCCCGCGCGCUGGGACAGGGCAGAUUUGUCGAGGACCUGCUCGUCGGUCAUCGAGCCCGGCCACCCGAUGCAGAUGUCGGUGAACUCGCCCGUGGGGCCCACGACCCCUUGGACGGUGAUGGUGUAGCUCGUUUUCUGGUUGCGGUCCGUGUGGCGCUUGUUGAAGUAUGCGGCCACGUUGGUCUUGGGGGCGAUGAUCGGGAUGUGGGUGGUGUACAUGGACCCGCACACGCGGGGGAUCCCGCCGGAGAGGCGCUCGAAGGCGCGGUGGAUGUGGGGGGAGGUGGAGUCGUCCGGCCACCGGAGGAAUUUGGGCAUGAGGACGGCGCGGAUGGCGGAGCAGACCUCGAGGACGAGCUUGUGGCAAGUGGAGAUGCCGAGGCCGAAGCGCUUGGAGACCUCGCGGAGGGCCUCGCCGGUGGCCAGACGCCAGAUGCAGACGGCGACGCGCUGCCGGACGGGGAUGGCCUGCCGGAGCAUGGUGUCUUUCUUGGUGACCAUGGGCUCGAGCUCGUCGCAGAUCAGGUCGAAUGUGGCCCGGCUCAUCCUGAAAUCCCGUCGGAAAUGGUCCUCCGGGUAAUCGGGGCUGUUCACCUGCUCCCACCACGCCUUCGACCGGCUCUUCACCCAGAGCCGCCGCUGGGAGCCGGCGCCGCCGCCGCGGUCGUCGGAAGAAGAAUCGGACUCGGAGCGGGCGCGCUUGGAGCGGCUGGAGGUCUGGUCGGCGGGCGCCGGAAAAGCGUGCGGGUUUGGUUUGACCUCCUGCGGCGAAUCGAAGGGGAUGAAUUUGGUGAGGAACUCGUCGACGGAGAAAUUGUCGUCGAAAUCGGGGCACCUGGGGCGCUUUUCCGGGUCGGGUGA